AUGUUUCGGUAUCGUCACGUGACCGAGACUCAUGCGCCCGCGCACGUGAUCAGGGCGCUGCGGCGGGAGGCGGCGGGAUGGCGCGGGGGCACCGGGGGUUCCCCGCCGUGCUGGCGCUGUGUGCGGCCGCCUGGAGCUGCGCCGCGGGCCUGGCGCUGGAGCGGGACCAGCCGUUCCGCGUCCCCCCCCGGCUGGACCCACGCGGGCCGCGUGGACCCCGAGCACCCGGUGGCGCUGACCCUCGCCCUCCGGCAGCGGGGCCGGGGGCGACUGGCUCAGCUGGUCGAUGCCGUCUCGGACCCCCGCUCCCCGCAAUACGGGCGGCACCUGUCCCUGGAGCAGCUGCGGGACCUGGUCCAGCCGUCCCCCACCACGCUGCUGACCGUGCUGAAGUGGCUGCAGGGCCACGGGGUGCGGAGCUGCAGCAGCGUCGUCACCCUGGAUUUCCUGGAGUGCCACAUGCCCGCGGGCACGGCCGAGCGGCUCCUGCCCGGGGCGCAGUUCCACCGGUACGUGCGGGGCGGGCGCGGCGCCGUGCGCUCCCCGCUGCCCUACACCGUCCCCGAGGAGCUGGCCGAGCACCUCGACUUCGUGGGCGGCCUGCACCGCUUCCCCCCCGAGAGGACGGUGCCCCGGGCCGGGGCGGCGCGGGGGCGCGGGGGCGGCUCCACCUUCCACCUGGGCGUGACCCCCUCGGUGCUGCGCAAGAGGUACAACCUGACGGCGGGGGACGUGGGGCAGCUGCCCAACAACAGCCAGGCCUGCGCACAGUUCCUGGAGCAGUAUUUCCACCAGGCUGACCUGGCCGAGUUCAUGCAGCUCUUUGGCAGCAGCUUUGCCCACCGCACCCAGGUGGACCGGGUGGUUGGACGCCAGGGCACGGGCAAGGCUGGGCUGGAGGCCAGCCUGGACGUGGAGUACAUCAUGAGCACGGGUGCCAACAUCUCCACCUGGGUCUUCAGCAAUGCAGGGAGGCACGAGAGCCAGGAGCCCUUCCUGGCCUGGCUGCUGCUGCUCAGCAACACGUCCUCGCUGCCCUGGGUGCACUCGGUCAGCUACGGGGAUGACGAGGACAGCCUGUCCCGGGCCUACAUGGAGCGCGUCAACACGGAGCUGAUGAAGGCGGCGGCGCGAGGCCUCAGCAUCCUCUUCGCCUCGGGUGACGAUGGUGCUGGGUGCAGAAGGGUGUCCGCUGGGAACCACACGUUCCGGCCCAGCUUUCCAGCCUCCAGCCCCUACGUCACCACCGUGGGUGGCACGGCCUUCAAGAAUCCCUUCCUGGUGACCAGCGAGGUGACCGACUACAUCAGUGGUGGUGGCUUCAGCAACGUCUUCCCCAUGCCUGAGUACCAGGCCGCCGCCGUCGGGCGGUUCCUGCGCUCGGCCCCGAAGCUCCCGCCCAGCUCCUACUUCAAUCGCAGCGGCCGCGCUUAUCCCGACAUGGCCGCCCUGUCCGACAACUACUGGGUGGUGACCAACCGCAUCCCACUGCCCUGGGUGUCGGGGACAUCGGCGUCCACGCCGGUGGUGGCGGGCAUGCUGGCGCUGAUCAACGACCGGCGGCUGCAGCGGGGGCUGGCGCCGCUGGGCUUCCUCAACCCCGCGCUCUACCGGCUGCAGGAGCGGGGCCGCGACACCGCGAUCUACGACGUGACGCAGGGCUGCCACCUCUCCUGCCUGGACGGCACCGUGCAGGGACAGGGCUUCUGCGCCGGCCCCGCCUGGGACCCCGUCACCGGCUGGGGCACCCCCAACUUCCCCGGCCUCCUGCAGGCGCUGCUGUCGCCGUGACCCGGCGGGACCCACCGGGACCGGGACCAGAACCGGGACCGGGACCGCAGCGGGGCCGCGGGGGCGGGGCCAAUAAACCUGCGUGGCCACGCC